CUUCAAUCUACCACACAUGCCACCUCUCACCUUUAUUCCCUCUUUCAUCUUUUCUACCCCACCAUUCUGUAUGCAACGAGCCAAUAAUCACACUCCUCCAUGCACAAAUAAAGCUUCACCACCUCCAUUGAUCCUCUUUCCUCCUCCCGGGAAACCACUUCCUAAACAGAUUCCGGAUUUCCGUCUACCAUUUCUGGUUUUCCGGGAUCUAAAAACCGCUUUUCUAACACGAAUAAAGGUGUCUGAACUUUCUACUGAGUUAAAUCUAAGAAAAAAUGGAGUCGAUUUUGGCUAAAGCGUUGGAAUACACGCUAAAGUAUUGGUUAAAAUCAUUUACCAGAGAUCAGUUCAAAUUACAGGGACGCACUGCUCAACUUUCCAAUUUAGAUAUUGAUGGAGAUGCUUUACAUUCCAGCCUGGGAUUGCCACCGGCGAUUCAUGUUACGACAGCGAAAGUAGGAAAGUUGGAAAUUGUGUUACCGUCGGUUAGCAAUGUGCAAGUAGAGCCAAUUGUUGUGCAAAUAGAUAGGCUUGAUUUGGUUCUUGAAGAGAAUGCAGAUGCGGAUACCAGCAGUGCUCAGUCUACUAGUAGUUCAGGGAGGGGGAGCGGCUAUGGAUUUGCUGAUAAGAUUGCAGACGGGAUGACUAUAGAAGUACAGACCGUAAACCUUCUCCUUGAAACUCGAGGAGCUGGUUGUCGCCAAGGUGGAGCAACAUGGACACCUCCUAUGGCUUCGAUUACUAUGCGUAACCUUCUACUUUACACCACUAAUGAAAAUUGGGAGGUUGUCAAUCUUAAAGAAGCAAGAGAUUUCUCCAGUAACAAGGAUUUCAUCUAUGUUUUCAAAAAACUUGAGUGGGGAUCUCUGUCCAUUGAUCUCCUCCCUCAUCCUGACAUGUUUAUGGAUGGCCGUGUUCAAGAGGGAGCAAAUAAGAGAGAUGAUGAUGGAGCAAAGCGUGUAUUCUUUGGUGGAGAACGCUUUCUUGAGGGGAUAUCUGGGCAGGCUUAUAUAACGGUACAGAGGACACAGCUUAAUGAUCCUCUGGGGCUUGAGGCCAGAUUACAUAUAAUUGAAGCUGUUUGUCCUGCUUUGAGUGAACCAGGUUUAAGAGCUUUUCUCCGCUUCUUAACGGGAUUGUAUGUUUGCCUUAACAGAGGAGAUGUUGAUCCGAAGGCACAGCGAUCUACAGAAGCAGCCGGACGUUCAUUAGUCUCCAUCAUUGUUGACCAUGUUUUUCUCUGCAUUAGAGACACAGACUUCAGGCUUGAACUUCUGAUGCAGUCACUCUGCUUUACUCGGACAAGCAUAUCAGAUAGAGAAAGUUCCAAAAAUUUGACUCAAGUUAUAAUUGGUGGGCUUUUUUUAAGGGAUACUUUUUCUAGACCUCCAUGCACUCUAAUACAACCAUCAAUGCAGGCACUCAGAAAAGAUUUGCAGAAGAUUCCUGACUUUGCAAAGGACUUCUCUCCUCCAAUAUACCCGCUGGGUGAUAAACAUUGGCAAGUGAAUGAAGGUGCUUCAUUUAUAAAUAUCCAUUCUCUGCAGGUGACACCUUCACCAGCGCCUCCAUUGUUUGCAUCACAGACAGUAAUAGCGUGUAUGCCUCUUAUGAUCCAUCUUCAGGAAGAGUCCUGUUUGAGAAUAUGUUCCUUUUUAGCUGAUGGAGUUGUUGUCAAUUCUGGUUCUGUCCUACCAGAUUAUUCCAUAAAUUCUAUGAUGUUCACUUUAAAUGAACUAGAUCUUACAGUUCCGCUAGAUUUCGCUAAGGCAGCUAAUUGUGCAUUCAGUAGCGAAACUGGAUUCCAGAAUUCGGUGUCUGAAGCCAAGCUUCACAUUAAAAAUUUGUUUUUGUCUGAAAGCCCGGUUCUUCAAAUGCUUGUGCUGGAUUUGGAGAAAGAUCCUGCUUGUUUUUGUCUCUGGGACAAUCAACCUAUUGAUGCUAGUCAGAAAAAAUGGUCUGCUGGAGCAUCAUACAUAAAUUUGUCUCUUGAAACAUCUGACAUCCUAGGUGGUCAGAAAAAUUCUUCUUCCUGUUCUAUGAGAUCAUGGAGAUGUGUUGAGGUGAAGGAAGCUUGUGUUGAGGUAGCUAUGGCAACUCUAGAUGGUAGCCUACUAGUUCAUGUCCCUCCUCCUGGGGGUAUUGCUAGAAUUGGUAUUGCUUGUAAACAAUAUUGCUCUAAUACUUCGGUAGAGCAGCUGUUUUUUGUCCUAGAUCUCUAUUCUUAUUUUGGAGAAGUAAGUGAAAAAAUAGCGUUAGUAGGAAAGAAUGAUAAAUCGACAAUCCGAAGAACAGAAUCCUGGAACGGUGAGUUGAUUUCUAAGGCUCCAAGCGAUACUGCUGUGAGCUUUACCAUAAAAGACAUACAAUUAAAAUUUGUUGAGGAUUCAAACAAUACUACUCCAGGGAAGCCUUUGGUUCAAUUUAUUGGUGAAAAUCUGUUUAUUAAAGUAGGUCACAGAACACUUGGUGGCGCUAUUGCUAUAUCAUCCACUGUACGUUGGGAAACUGUGGAAGUGGAUUGUGUAGAUGUAGAGGAUAACUCUUUAACCGACAAUGAUACAAUUUCAAUUGCCUGUACAAAUGGGUCUCCAUUGUCUGAAAAUGGACAUCCACAGCUCAGACCUGUGUUAUGGAUUGAACAUAAAGAUGAAAGUCGUUCAAGUGGAAAGGCAAUGCAUUCUGCCUUCCUUGAUGUUAAUAUUGUGCAUGUUAUUCCUUCUCAAGCUCAGGAUGCUGGUUGCCACAGCUUGAAUGUGUCAGCUUGUAUAGAUGGUGUUCGGUUGGGUGGAGGGAUGAACUAUGCUGAAGCCUUAUUGCAUAGAUUCGGAAUUCUUGGGCCUGGUGGGGGCCCUAGUGAAGGGCUAUUAAAAGGGCUAGAGAACUUGUCUGCCAGUCCACUCUCAAAGGUGUUCAAGGCACCGCCUCAUUCUGUGGAUUACGUUAAAGAAAAUGGAACAUGUGAAAGUAGCCAUGAAACUAUUCUCUCUCACUUAGGAAGGCCAGAUGAUGUGGAUGUGUCGGUUGAGUUGAGAAAUUGGUUGUUUGCUCUGGAAGGGGCACAAGAGACAGUAGAAAGCUCAUGGUCAGAUAACCGUGUAAAUGCUAAUAGGGAAGAAAGAUGUUGGCAUUCUUGUUUUAAGAGCUUGAAGAUUAAGGGAAAAAAUGAUCUGAAGGACUCACUGGAUUGUAUUGUGAAGUCUAAGGUUCACAAAUAUCCAGUGGAGCUAAUAACGAUUGGCGUUGAAGGUUUGCAGACUUUGAAACCUCAAGUCCAGACUGCCAGCUCUACCGUGCCGUCUCCUGCUAGAAGUUCUGGAUUAGCAGAUAUGAAGAAAGCUGGAGGGGUAAAUGUGGAAGUUCGUAUGGUUGUCUCUGAAGAUGACUUUGGUGACAUAACAGGCGACUGGACAAUCGAAAACCUUAAGUUCUCUGUUGAUAACCCGAUUGAGGCUGUUGUUACCAAGGAUGAGUUGCAGCAUCUUACCUUUCUUUGCAAAUCUGAAGUUGAUUCUUUCGGAAGAGUGGCUGCUGGUGUCUUGCGGCUUCUGAAACUAGAGGGUUCAAUUGGUCAAGGAGCCAUCAAUCAGCUAAGCAACCUAGGAAAUGAAGGCCUGGACAAAAUUUUUAGCCCUAGACAGCUCACUUGGGGAGAAAAUGCUGUCUACGAGCGUAGCUUUUCUUCUAGUGGACUGGGAAAUAGCACUCGAAAUAGCCCUCACACAUCAAUGAAAACCAUAAUUUCAUCACUCGAGAAGGAAGUUGAGGAUAUGGAAUCCAAAUAUUCUGCCCUGAUUGCCGACAUCAGUGGAUCAGAAACUUCAUCACAGCACCUUGAUCGUGCCAAAGAAAUAGGCCAACACAUUGAAAGUCUUCAGCGGUUAUUGAAACAGUUGAAAACUCAAGGUUAGCUAUUAUUUAUUUCAUUAGUUUUUGUACAAGAUCUGGAAACAGGGGCAAAUUCCCCUGUUUGGUAAAAUUUUGAUGAUUUUUUUAUGUAUAUAUAGUCAUAUAUAUUAUCUGUAUACGAAUCGAGUGUGUUGACUAAAAGAUAAUAAGUAGCACUCACAAAGUUUUUGUAUUUUGACUGAAAUUUUGCACUUGGCAAGAAUGGAAAAUACAAAUAUAGUCGACUUUUUUCUGCAUUUAAAUUUGGUUUACAACAAUUUC